UAGUGAACCAGUGUCAAAAAUUGCUCCGAGCCGCAUUAGAUUUCAAAUUGUCAAAAAAUAUGGAAUUAGUAAGACUGUUGUUCCUGCCAUCAUUUUCUGGUUCCAUACACCUUGUUAUUAUCACCAGCAUCACAACAACAACAACAUCAACAAUAACAAAAGUCAUUGGAUUGCAGCCAUGCUGGAGCACUCCAUUGAGGGAUUUAGUUGAACAUACCAACCCCAAGAUUUACUUUUCUUUAUAUCCAGUACUUACCUUAUCAGUCAUUUUUGCUGAACCACCAAGUUACAAGGAUGUAAACAAACCAACUCCAAUUGUCAAUAGUGAAUAUGAAAAUUGUUGUUAUAGAUGCUGUGUUGUGUUUUUGAUUUUAUGA